AGCAGGGGAUGCCAGACGGAGGGUGGAAUUUGCACAAAGAAGGAGUUAUAUUUUCAAUUCUGCAAGAAUGUGGUCACUUGUUAUUUUGGGGAUAGCCUUUCCUUUUUCAGUAGUUUGCAAUGGGGGACUUGUUGCAAAGUCCCCAGUAAGGUCAGCAGUAUUUGGAAUGAUUAAGAAUGGAAGCAGUUUUAGCACAACAGAGAAGGAGAAAAAUGGGCUUGGAAAGCUGAUUGAUCAGAGUGCAUCUUCCAACAGAUCUCCAAGGCAAGUGGAUUACCGUGCAGAAAAAGGAGUGUAUAAAUCCAGCUCCAGGCUGAAACGUCCUUUUUACAGCCAGUCUGGAAGCAGCCAUCCAAACUUUGAAACAGCCAGGGGAAAGAACUGGUGUGCUUACGUUCAUACGAGACUCUCGCCUACCGUGACAAUAGAGAAUGAACAGACAUUUGUGAUGCAGCAAACAAACCCAUGUCCAUUGAAAUUGGGAUACUGCCAGCCAAGAUACCAGAUCCUGAACCGCCCAACCUACAGAAUGAGGCACAAGAUAGUGACUUCAUUGGAAUGGAAGUGCUGUCCUGGCUAUACAGGAGCUACCUGUCAACCUACAGACCAACAUUUAAGGAGACAAGCGGAAGAGAAUCAAGCUGAGAGUCAGAUAACUGGAGCUGGUGUGCCCCAGGAUCCUCAACAACCUCAUGAUCCAGCAUUAACAGCAAAAUUCAGUGACAAGCUGUAUAAUCAGGAAAUUAAGCUGGGCAUACUGCGAAGGAAAGUGGAAAACAUAUCUGCCAACAUGAAUGAUGUACGGAGUGUGCUGUACUCUCUGGAGGGAAAGAUAAAUGAAGAUCAAGGGAAAAAUCUGCAGUCAACCUCAAAAGCAACAAAAUCAAAAGGGAUUCAGGAGCUGAUAAAAGACCUGGUGAUGCAACAAAUUCAGUUGUUUCAAGACAACACGCAGGACAUUGUAACUCAGCUUUACAAAACCAUUUCAGGUUUAACUGAGGAACUUCAAAGCACCAAAGAUGCAAUCAAUCAGUUAAACAGCACCAUUUUAUCACUAUCUGAGAAUUCUCAGUCCAGAACAUUGAAGCAAAAUUAUACAGCUGUUCUUGAAUUCCAAGAGAUCAGGGAGGAAAUGAAAGUGCUUAGAACUGAUAUAGCAGCAGCUUGUAAUGGCACAUCUCAGGAAAUGAAUGAAAAGGUGAAGUCGCUUCAAGCAGAAUUGAAAAAAGAAAGCAAUAGAAUUGAUGCUUUCUAUGAAACCAUGAACCAUACAUUUUCACAGGUAAUGGAAACUCAGGACAGGCUGGACUCCAAUCAGAUAUUCCCAGAUGCCACCGUUUCUGAGGAGGAAGGAGGCCAGUGGAAGGAGAGCUUCCAAAAGAAUUUGCUGAAUAUCACCAAAAAUGUCAACAUUCAGGGCCACAUGAUAUCCCAACUGUAUGCUGAAGUAAAUGUGCACAGGUUACAGCUCUUCAACUUAACACAUUUAGUUGGUGACAAGCAGGAAAUGGUGAUUGGAACAUGCCAAGAGAUGGUUGAAGAAUGCAAGAGCAAUACAGACCAGUUGGACCAAAUGGAGAAUAAACUGCAUAACUUAAAUAAUACAUUCACUGAUAUUUUCACCUCAUUAGAAGACUUCUUGGCCUCAAUGAACGAGAGAAUCAGCAUUUUGUCAUAUGAUGUGGAAAUCCUUCAAUCCGUGAAUGAAGGACACGUGCCAGUGGAUGAAACAGGCACCGCUGGCUAUGGUUUUGCGGCCGCUGGCCCUGUCCAUGGUGCUGCUAACCGCGCCUUCCCUGACCGUAGCGACGCUGUCCGCGGUGCUGAACUCGCCUCCUUCAUUGAGCGUUUCAACAAUCUCAGUGUGACCGUGAACAGCUUGGUUGCAUCUAUCAAAGAUGCAGGAGAUGGUUCACCGCUCGGAAACCAAAACCAAGCUGGAGAUGAGUCACUCACCAAUUUCCUAGCUGAAUGCCGUCUUGAAAUUGAGGAUGGUUUGAAUGAUACAAUGACAGUCAUUAAUGAUGCUGUUGAUUCCAUGAGAGAUGGUUAUUACAUCCUGAAAAAUAAUGUCACAGAACUACAGGAAUAUGUUUUGGAAUUGUAUCACAAGAAUAUUGAAAAGCAGAGUGAUGUUUUGAGUGUGAUUCCACAAUUAACUCAGUUAAAUGCAUCUUUUAAGGCAAUGCUGGAUGACUUGGUGAGACACCAGUUUGCAUUGGAAACGAUAGGUGGCCUUCAGGAUCUGAAGGAAAGUGAGAUAAGCGUACUUCCAAAUCUAAUGAUGAUGUCUCAGUUGUUGAAUAGAACCGUGGCUACAAUUGAAGAUCACCAACAGAUGAUUCACCAUCUGGAAGAAGCUGUCCUUCAUUCCCCUCCAGAACCUAAAGACUAUGAACCACGAAUUCUAGCACUUGAAUCACAACUGAACUCUCUAAUGGGGAGGUUGAAAUCAUCAACCAAACGUAAAGCACCCAAAAGAACACAAGGCGAAGUCCAGCCUGCACCUCCUAAAUAUCAGGUGUUGAGUCACAAAGUGACAGGAUUACAGUCCAAAUGGGUUAACUUGAACAAGAGGCUCUCCCAAGUGGAAGAGGUGACUGGAAAAACCUGGGGACUUUGUCAGAAUUUGUCUCUGUUGAUAGCUCAUGUCAAUACCAGUAUUUCAAAGGCUGCAGUGCCAGUAGUAAAGCCAAACAUCACAGCUCUUCAGGAGGAACUGAGAGACUUCAUGCAAUCUAUCAGUGAAGCCACUGUGGGCAUGUUUUUCACUAAUAUUACAGUUUAUAUGGAUAGGAGCAUUUCUAAUGUUGUCAGGAAUUUUACAAAGUUCCAGAAGCAAAUUAAGCAGUUAUAUAGGAGACCAAGAAUCAGUAACAAAGCCAAUAUUACAACCAACACAGGGAGAAGCCAACGAAAUGCUGACAAGGACACCUUUCCAGUGGAAUCCACCAGCUGUAAUAGUAGCCCAUGCCAGAAUGGUGGAACAUGUAUUAACCAAAGAAAAGGCUUUGUAUGUGCUUGCCGUCCCCCAUUUGGUGGUCCUACCUGUGAUGAAAAGCUACUGGAUGAAAAUGCCUUGAAGACAGAUUUCUCAAAAGGAUCCUACAGAUAUGCUCCGAUGGUGACAUUCUUUGUAGCACAUACCUAUGAGAUGAAAACUGCGGGUCCAAUCAAGUUUAACCAUCUCUACGUCAACUAUGGUGCUGGCUAUGCACCAGGAAGUGGGAAGUUUUUGAUUCCUUAUCUUGGUGUGUAUGUUUUUGAAUACAAUAUUGAGUCUUCCAGCCCACACUUGGCUGGAUACCUAGUGGUUGAUGGAGUGGAUAAACUCGCUUUUCAAUCGAAAGAUAUGAACAAUGAUGCCUCUGCCAGCAGAGUUGUGACAGGUGACGCAAUGCUGGAACUAAACUACGGGCAAAGAGUUUGGUUAAGAUUAACAUCUGGCUCAAUUCCAGCAAAGUUUCCACCCGUGACGACAUUUGGUGGCUAUCUAUUGUACCGUACUUAAAAGAAACAGAACAUAUAUACAGAAUGAUAUAUAAACUCUGAGAAAUCAAUAAAACAGACACAGGGGUAUCUUGUACUACUGCAUGUCUAAAGUGAUUUUGUAACAUACUUCUCUUCGAGGAGAAUCCAAAUCUAUUAGUAAUAUUCAAUGAUUUUUUUUAACCCUUGCUGUGCCCUGAGAAAUAAUUAUGGCACCAGAUACUGAAAAACAUUAAUCAAUACCUCAAUUGAACUUGCCUUCACCAUAUUUUCAUGAAAUACAUUCUACACCCUAACUAUUCACUGUUAUAAAGGUUAUUCACGCAUCGCAUUUGGUCUUUUUGUAAAUUGCUUCAAAUCUGGUUCUCGAUCCUUUUAGGAGCAAGAACUGUUUCUCUUUAUCUACACUAUUAAACCCACUCAUGACUUUGAAAACAUCAAUUAGAUGUCUUCUUUGCCUCCUUCUUCUCCAAGGGGAACAGUCCCACCUUCUUCAAUCCAUCUUCAUAACUGAAACUUCUCAUCCUUGGAGCCAUUCUUGUAAAUUGCUUCUGCACUCUCUCCAAUGUGUUCUCAGAACUGGACAUAAAUAACCCUAGUUUGUCCAAUCUCUCCUCGUAACUCUCAGAAUCCAGGUAUCAAUCAGGCAAAUCUACACUGCACUUACUCCAAGGCAGAUAAUAUAUCCUUCAGUAUGUGCUGUACCCAGAAUUGCUAACAAUAAUUCUAAGCAUGGUCUAACCAGAGCCUUGCUUGGCAGAAACCAAACAGAAAUCAAAUAAAUGGGGAGAGCACACAGCAUAUCAUAUGACCCACCAGUAUAGUAAAUGCUGAGAUUAAAUGCACAACAAUUGAUCACCACUUAAGGCUGUUGGAAAAUGAAAGCAUGUUGCCAAGGUACUGGACUGAAACCAUUGAUUGGUGAUCACACUGAUUCCAAUUGAAAAUUCCUUGUGUUGAAAGCUACAUGCUGGAAUAUCAUCCUGCAUUCCUCCCAGGAAGAGGCUGGAGCAAAGAAUGGGGGCAUAUCAUUAUGUGGGAUGGCAAGAGGAUGCUGUACCCAUUGUCUUCCCACUCCAUUGGUACUUUAGCAGCAGUGGUACAGGUGGUGGUCAGCCUGCCCAUCCUAGACCAGUAGAGAGUCUUGUGGCCAAUUAAAGGCCACUUAAAAACUUCUUCCUGGAACUGGAAGUGAAAUACCGCCAAUGGCUGAUGGGCACUUCAGCACCAGGAAGGCCACCCAGUAAAGGUAAGGAGAGUGCCUGAGGACUUGGGUUUGGUGGGAGGGGGAGUACUCCAUGAUGGGGUACCCUAUGGCUCACAGAGGCCUCACUGCACCCACCUGCUGGUAAAGACUGCCCAGGCUGGAAGAAAACCCCAACCUUACGAUCAGUUCCAACCCCACUCCAAGCCAGCACCCAUAGAUUUCCCAGAUCUGUACAAUUGACUCCAGCAAGCCCUGACCCCACUAACCUGCACUCCAGGCUUCCUACUUUGUGCUGUCUCUGGGUACAGCUUAUAUUCCCCAAGGUGGUUACUGUUUCUGAUGAUGCUGUUGAGGCUAACAGGUUCCAAGCACUCAGAUUAACCAACGCUUGUGGUUCUUGGGACAUUUCUCCUGAGGAUCGUAAAAGUCUAGUUAUGGCUUCCAAGGGUGAGCUUGUCCCCUACCUUCUGACUGCUUGAUGGGACACCACUUCUGCAUAAAAUCCAGGUCAUUAUUAUUGAUCAUCAGUAGUGGAGCCUUCUGUUCUGAAGUUCUUAAAAUAUUACUGCAUGGAUAUUGUGGACUACCAACGGACUAAUUCAAAUUGAACACUAUGUGAAUGAACUUUGUAACAAUUACGAUCAUGAAUAAUCAGGUUUGGAGUAAACACCAUGAAAGAAAAUUUGUGAAGGGGGUUUUAUAGUCAAAGGAGCCAACCUUGCCAUCGGACUGGAUUUAGGCAAUGGUAUCACCAGGUUUUGUCUAAAUUAGUGUGCUCCUGAGUAAAGCAUUGUGCUUUUAUCUACUGGGUUUGAGUUCACUUUUAUCCCAAACUGUUUCAUUGAUAAGAAUUAAAAAAAGCAAGAGUGCAGCCUCAUUCAAACAAAUGUGGAGACAUUGGAAUACAAUUUAUCUCGGCAUCGCUGCAAAGCAGGCAAAGGUGAAGCGGCAGCUCCUGAUACAUUUUUCUCAAUUUUAACUUUUGUUCGCUUGUUAUGAUCCAGGCUGAUGAGAUUACUGUCAGAUCCCAGAUUGAAAUCUGGGUCGAAAUGUCACUUCUCAGUUUUGACAAGGUGGUCUUUCACUGAAACACCAACACACAAUAUUGCUGACAAGGUUUUAACAAUAAAACAGGUGUUUAUUAUGUGAAAGCAAUUAUCCUAAAAUACAAUUAACUAAAUUAUUUGCAGAUUACACAAGUUAAAAGAUUUAGAUUCAUCUGGGCAGGACAGUGGCUCAGUGGAUAGCACUGCUGCCUCACAGUGCUAGGGACCUGGGUUUGAUUCCAGCAUCGGGC